GAGGCAGUCCCUUCGUCCCUUCCCUUCCAUUAAUAAUUGCGGUGCACAGGAGCGGAGAUCCACUUCACCCGCACCGCACAGCUCAUGAUUUGCACAGCCACCCUCGUCCGUCCCCGCCCAGCUGCUAGCGCAAGGAAGCAGCUGGCUGGCUCCAAUCCCCCGCCACCCCGCCUAUUUAUAACACCACCACUUCCCUUGCCCCCUCCGCCGUCGCCGCCACCGCCACCACCACCACCGUUGCCGAGCCCUCGCCUCACCCUCACAGUCGUCUCAGGAUGAUGCCCCAGGCCAGCGCUAGCCUCGACCUCGGCCUCAGCCUGGGCCUCACCCUCACCUCCCAGGGCAGCCUCUCCUCCUCCACCACCACCGCCGGCUCCUCCCCCUGGGCAGCCGCGCUGAGCUCCGUCGUGGCCGACGUCGCCAGGGCGCGGGGUGACGCGUACGCGCAGCACCACGCCGGCGCCGCGAUGACGAUGCGCGCGUCCACGUCGCCCGACAGCGGCGACACCACCACCGCCAAGAGGGAGAGGGAGGGGGAGCUCGAGCGCACCGGCUCCGGAGGCGUCCGCAGCGACGAGGAGGACGGCGCGGACGGCGGCGCCGGCGGGCGCAAGAAGCUCAGGCUCUCCAAGGACCAGGCCGCCGUCCUCGAGGAGUGCUUCAAGACGCACAGCACGCUCAACCCCAAGCAGAAGGUGCAGCUGGCCAACCGCCUGGGCCUCCGGCCGCGGCAGGUGGAGGUGUGGUUCCAGAACCGCCGCGCGCGGACCAAGCUGAAGCAGACGGAGGUGGACUGCGAGUACCUCAAGCGCUGGUGCGACCGCCUCGCCGACGAGAACAAGCGCCUCGAGAAGGAGCUGGCCGACCUCAGGGCGCUCAAGGCCGCGCCGCCGUCGUCGGCCGCCGCGCAGCCCGCCUCGGCCGCCGCCACCCUCACAAUGUGCCCGUCCUGCCGCCGCGUCGCGGCCGCCGCUAGCCACCACCACCAGCCGCCCCCGCCGCAAUGCCACCCCAAGCCUACCGUCGCCGCCGGUGGCGGCAGCGUCGUGCCCAGGCCCAGCCACUGCCAGUUCUUCCCGGCCGCCGCCGUUGACCGGACGAGCCAGGGCACGUGGAACACCGCCGCGCCGCCGCUCGUCACCAGAGAACUCUUCUGAUGCCGCCGUGACACACGUCCAUGUCCGUCGACCGAUCCAUGCAUUGCUCGCUGCUCGGUCGAUCUUGCCAUGGCAAGUGGAAAAAAGGUUAGAUCGAAGAAGAUGGUGAUUGACGACGAUUAGGAGAGGAUCUCGCAGGUGGUGGACUGGCGGUUGGGGUAAUUAAUCAAUUAAUUAAUUACAAUUAAUCAAUCAGGAGACGAGAGGAGAUUUGUUUUUUUUUUCUUCUGUUCUUUCCUUCUUCGAUGAAUUCAUUCAUCAGUUGGGUGGGUUUCUGAAAACGACGAACGAGCAACAAACAAACAAACAAACCAAAAGAUGGCUGUCUGCUUUUUUUUUCCCUGAUGGACGCCGUGUUAGUGUCAUGUAAAACCAGCUCGCACCUAACCUCUGCUGCUGCUGGGUUGGUGAGAAAUAACAGCGUGAGUGAUUGUUUGUACUACUACUAAUUGAUUGGUGAAGAAAGUUAAUGGGAAUGAAAUCUCUACUACAAGCAGCA